GAUUCCUUAAUAUUUUUCUCUGUUCCUAUAUUUAACAAUUCAUCGAAAAACAAUUACUUCAACAUAAGAAGCAAGACAAGAAUUAAUGUUCUUAUUGACACGCUAAUGUUUCUUUAAUCGGGGGAAAAAAUCAAAUCAUUAACACUAAAUGAUAGAAGGGUAUAAUGGUCAAUCACCGUUCCCGGCUCAAAUUUUACUAAAAACAGCCACUAGCCAGCCAGAUCCCAAAAAUUUCUCAUUGCUUCUCUCGUUCGUGUAUUUCUUUCAAAGCAAACAAAAAAAAUCUUGCUGCUAUCUUCUAUAAGUCCACUCCUCCUUCAAGCAAAGCACCUUCCCUCUUCUUCUUCUUCUUCUUCUUCUUCUUCUUCUUCUCACUCUGAGAUUGGUUUAAGAUUAAACCAGACCCAUCUAAGGGAUCUGGAACAAGCUUCGUAUCUGGUUCCACUCUGAUCAUCAGAGAAUUAAAAAUGGAGUCUUUCUUCUCCAGAUCCACCUCCAUCGUCUCCAAAUUGAGUUUCUGGGCCUUAUGGAUCGUGUUCUUGAUUUCUUCAUCUUCUUUUACUUCGACAGAAGCAUAUGAUGCGCUUGAUCCAGAAGGCAACAUUACAAUGAAAUGGGAUGUCAUGAGCUGGACUCCUGAUGGCUAUGUUGCCGUGGUUACGAUGUUCAACUUCCAGAAAUACAGACACAUUCAAUCUCCGGGAUGGACAUUAGGCUGGAAAUGGGCAAAGAAGGAAGUUAUUUGGAGUAUGGUUGGAGCACAAACAACUGAACAAGGUGAUUGUUCAAAGUACAAAGGAAACAUACCGCAUUGUUGUAAGAAAGAUCCAACAGUUGUAGACUUGCUUCCUGGGACUCCUUAUAACCAGCAGAUUGCCAAUUGCUGCAAAGGUGGUGUCAUGAACUCAUGGGUACAAGACCCUGCCACUGCGGCUAGCUCCUUCCAGAUCAGUGUUGGCGCUGCUGGAACCACAAACAAAACCGUUAGGGUGCCAAGAAACUUCACUCUCCUGGGACCUGGUCCAGGCUACACUUGUGGUCCAGCAAAGAUUGUCAGACCAACAAAAUUUGUCACGACCGACACACGGAGAACCACUCAAGCUAUGAUGACAUGGAACAUUACAUGCACAUACUCGCAGUUCCUUGCUCAAAGAACUCCAACUUGCUGCGUUUCUUUAUCUUCUUUCUACAAUGAAACUAUUGUCGGAUGUCCAACUUGUGCUUGCGGAUGCCAAAACAACAAAACAGAAUCCGGUGCCUGCCUCGACCCGGACACACCACACUUAGCCUCGGUUGUGUCACCGCCAACAAAGAAAGGCACGGUAUUACCGCCAUUAGUGCAAUGCACGAGACACAUGUGCCCGAUCAGAGUACAUUGGCACGUAAAGCAGAACUACAAAGAGUAUUGGCGAGUGAAGAUCACAAUCACAAACUUCAACUAUCGAUUGAACUAUACACAAUGGAACCUCGUUGCUCAACAUCCAAAUCUCGACAACAUCACUCAAAUCUUCAGCUUCAACUACAAAUCUCUCACUCCGUACGCUGGAUUAAAUGAUACGGCGAUGUUAUGGGGAGUGAAGUUCUACAACGAUUUCUUAUCAGAAGCAGGUCCUCUUGGGAAUGUUCAAUCAGAGAUUUUGUUCCGUAAAGAUCAAUCAACCUUCACAUUCGAGAAAGGUUGGGCUUUUCCUCGAAGGAUUUACUUUAAUGGAGACAACUGCGUCAUGCCUCCUCCUGACUCUUACCCUUUUCUUCCCAACGGUGGUUUCCGGCUACAAUUCUCAUUCUUCGCCGCCGUGCUCCUCCCUGUUCUGAUCUUUUUCUUCUUCUCUGCCUAAUCUCGGAUUUACGGUUUUGCCACUGGUAUGGUUAGGGUUCUACGGUUGAGUGGUAUAAACGUUAUUUAUGAUUCUUUCUGUGUCUCACAAAUUAUAUCUUUUGAUACCUUUUUUUCUUUUUUUAAUAUAUAUAGUUUUCAACUUCGUUGUUUUUAAAAGAAAUUUAUAUCCUUGUGUUCUGUUGGUCCGUCGUUGGGGAAUAUCGGAAACAAAAAAAAAAAGAUCAUAAUGUUAGAUAUUGUAAACUUUGUGUCCUACUGUUAUAUACUUUACUUUAUGUUACUGACA